AGCACCUCCUUCACCACUGGAGACACCUCCAGCUCUGUCACCUCCAUGGAUGUCACCGCCACGGCCUCCAUGACCACCCCAGGGGACUCCUCCACUUCCUUCUCCACCACUGAAGCCACCUCCAGCUCUGUCACCUCCAUGGAUGUGACCUCCACAACAUCUCCCACCACCUCAGUUGACUUCUCCACCUCCAUCUCCACCACUGAGGCCACCUCCAGCCCUGGAAUCUCCACAGAGGGGACCUCCAUGACAUCACCCACCACCUCAGAAGAUGCCACCAUGGCCUCCUCCACCUCUGGAGCCACCCCCACUGCUGUCACCCCCACAGACGUCACCUCCAUGGCACCCACAGCCACCUCAGGUGACUCCUCCACCUCCAUCUUGACCACUGAGGCCACCUCCAGCUCUGUCACCUCCACACAGGGGACGUCUACAGAAGCCUCCACCACCUCAGAUGUCACCUCCACCUCCUUCUCCACCACCGCAGCCACCUCCGAUGGUGUCACCUCCACAGACGUCACCUCCACAGCCGCUCCCACCACCCCAGAGGACACCACCACCACCUCCUCCACUGACGUCACCUCCAUGGGAUCCACAACCACCUCAGUUGACUCCUCCACCUCCUUCUCCACCACUGAGGCCACCUCCAGCGCUGUCACCCCUACAGAGGAGACCCCCACAGCAGCUUCCACCACCUCAGAUGACACCUCCACCUCCUUCUCCACCACUGGAGACAUCUCCAGUGCUGUCACCUCCACAGAUGUCACCUCCACCGUCUUCUCCACCACCAGAGCCACCACCACUGAG